AUGGUAAAAUCCGCCAGCGCAGCGGAAGCCGAGGGACGCGUACGCAACUCGGACGCAGAAGAGCUCGGCACUGCGGGUACCUCUGGGCUUUCUGGCAAUCGGCGCGAAGCCAGAAGCGUCCGGGGGCCCAGGGCUCCAUUGUGGCUGGCUGGCCGGCCGCUGGCAGCAAGCGCCCGGUGGGACAGGAUAGGGGCCCCCGCCUUCGCGGUGAGGCCUGUAUCCCUGUCCGCUAGUUUAAAUUGCACUUUGGUAAGGUAG